CGCUUACUGACCCUUGACAUGUGUCACGUGUCGGAAGCUGACGUGGGUCCAACACACCGCCACACACUACAAAUGCUACAAACAACCCUUUAGUUUUUCUACCGGAUUCUCACAAUUCAGAGACAAUGAUCCUAUGAAGUGAUACUAUUAGCAUAAACAAAGGUAAAGAGUGUACAUAGUAUACCUGAAUUGUCUUGUCUCCGGUCAUGUACGAGGAACCAGAGUUUUGUUUUUAGUAAAUUAGAUUUGCUAUUCAAAAGGUUGCGACACAGCUUGUUGCCCGUUUACAAGUAACUUCCCUUAGCAUUUUAGGAGGUGAAUUGGAUUAAAGAGGAUGAGGAUGUCGUGGGAAGACGUGGUGUUGAUUGAGGAAGGUAAGAGUUCGGGCGACCCGACCGUGGUGACGGUGAACUGCCCCGAUAAAGCCGGGCUCGGUUGUGAUUUGUUACGGGUUGUACUCGAAUUCGGGCUCUAUGUUACCCGCGGAGAUUUCUCAACCGAUGGAAAAUGGUGCUACGUAGUGUUAUGGGUAGUUCCACGCCCAAGCUCAGUGCGGGUCGACUGGGCGAGCUUAAACAAGCGGCUUUUAUCUUGUUGUCCUUCAUUUUUACCAGCAUUUUAUCUCAAUCAGCUCACCACUGGUUCUAAACCGCCUCCGCUCUACCUAUUGACCGUUUUCUCCCUGGACCGGAAAGGGUUGAUACAUGAUGUCACGGAAGUUCUUUGUGAGCUUGAUCUAUCAAUUCAAAGAGUUAAAGUGACGACAACCCCAGAUGGGAAGGUUUUGGACUUGUUCUUUAUCACUGAUGCCACGGACAAACUUCAAACAAAUUACACACGUGAGGAGACACGUGAGCACCUUAGGGUCACGUUAGGCGAGUGUUGUAUCAGCUGUGAACUCCAGCUAGCGGGGCCCGAAUACGACAUUCAAGAAGGGCAUUCUUGUAUUUCUGAAGAAGUUGCAGAAGAAUUGUUUAGCAGUGAGAUGGAGGAUCAGCCGCAUACCAUACGUGACAAAGUGUCAAAAGUUGACAAGGCUAGUAUAACAGUUGAUAACCGACUCAGUCCGACACAUACAUUGCUUCAAAUACAAUGCCUUGAUCAAAAGGGUCUCAUUUAUGACGUUUUGAAGAUCUUCAAGGAUUGUGAUAUACGGGUUCUGCAUGGGAGAUUUUAUGCUAGCGUACAAGGAUACCGAAGUUUGGACAUUUUCAUUCAAAAUGAAAACGGAAAAGAGAUUGUAGACAAGGAUAACCAAUUUGGUCUGUGUUCCCGACUAAAGGAAGAGAUGCAACAUCCGUUGAGGGUCAUUAUUACCAACCGCGGCCCUGAUACCGAACUCCUGGUUGCCAAUCAUGUUGAGGUAUCUGGAAAGGGAAGGCCUCGCGUUUUUUAUGACGUCACACUCGCGUUAAAGAAGCUUAAGAUAUGUGUCUUUUCGGCAGAGAUAGGAAGACACUCGACGUCAAAUCGCCAAUGGGAGGUGUACAGAUUCCUUUUGGAUGAAAGUCGAGGAUCCCCGUUAACCAGCAAUCGAGCUAAACGUGAUAUCGUCGAUGAAGUUUGUCGAACACUGAUGGGCUGGUAAGCAAAGAUUUCAUACAUCAAUCGUCCAUGCACGUCGUUCAACACAACGAGCAGCUGUGGAGACCAAAAGUACUUGUAUCUGUGAUUGCAAUUCUGGUAUAUAUAUAUUGUAUGUUCUGUAUCUUGUAUCUGUGAUUGCAGUUCUGGUAUAUAUAUUUAUGUUUUGUAUCAGCAGUGUAUAAUCUGAUUAGACGUUUCAAAUAGGUUCGUAAAUGAACCGAACGUUCCGCGAACAGUUCGUGACAUGUUCGGCAAGAACUUCCGUUCGAUAAGUUAAAGGAAAGAACAUGAACAGAGGUUGUGUUGGUUCGUUUAUGUCUGUAAACGUUCGGUAAUGUGUUCAUUUGUGUUCGUUAAUUUUAAAGAUUUUUUUGUUCUAUAUU